UUUCAGCAGAAAACUGUGAUUGUGUAAGCGCUUGGAGCGGAAUUCCGUUGUUCAAUAAUUGGGACGUGUGGCCAUUCGUGCUCAUAUCAACAAAAAUAAAAGAUUUUCUGAAAACGCGAGAAAAUAUGACGACUCGUUGGAGAGAUUGUAAGGGUUGGAUAGAUUCCAAUUUACCGAUGACGUCUUCUAGCGACGAAGCCUGCAAAUUCUUUGAUGCAGCCAUUAUACAGAUGACAAGUUUGUACGAAAACAGUGAGUUAGGUGGUAUAGGAAAUACAUUGAAACAAAUGAUGGAAGCAGAUCCUGAUUUCGUUUUGGGUCAAGUUUUGGUGAAUACUCUGAAAUAUUCUGGUUCUCAGAGUGAUAGGGACGCUGUAACCAAGGCACUGGACGGGAUCUCCAAUCUAGCCCUGAAACAGAAAGUGACAGACAGAGAACGGAAACACGUGACUGCCCUGAAACUUGUGACAGAAGGACAAACUUUGCAAGUUGUGGAGACUUACAGAGAUAUCCUUACCGAUUCUCCAACAGACCUGAUGGCGUGUCUGUUUGCUUUCUUUACAUAUUAUGAACUCGGGAUGUCUAAGGAAAUGCUCGACAUGAUGAAAUUUGUGGUGGAGGCAUACAGUUCAGAAACACCAGGAUACAGCACCAUCCUCGCCUGGAAAGCCUUUGCUCACGAAGAAAACUCACAGCUCGUGGAAGCCGAACAAGAAUCAUACAAGAGCCUGGCAGUUUCAUCUGGGGAGACAUUUGCAAUCCAUACGAUGGCACAUAUCCAUCUAGAAAGGGGCAUGCUGGAUGCUGGUUUGGCAUUUCUUCAAAGUAAAGCUAAAUAUUGGGAGUCUUCAAAUCUGGCCUGUCACAUAGCAUGGCACGAAGCUCUGUUUCUUUUGGAAAAGGGACAAUUUGAUGAUGCAGUCAAAAUAUUUGAUGAAAAGAUAAUAACCCGAGCUGCCACUGGUGGAAAUUUCAAUGAUGCUUCGUCAUUAUUGUAUCGAUUGUCAUUUGAAGAUGUACGAGUUCCACAGCGAUGGAAAAGUGUCCUUGGACUUGUAGACAAGUUUUAUGAACAACACAGAUGGAUAUAUAUUGACGCACACAUCCUCUUUACUUUAUAUCGAAAUGGGGAAAAAGAGCGAGCAAGUGAAAUGCUGGAGAAGUUGAAAAGUUUCGUCAAAGAUACCACUGGAACAAACGCCCUAGUGACACGUGAUGUUGGUAUUCCGCUAUGUGCUGGAAUAACGGCGUUUGAGGAGGGACAUUAUGAAACAGCAACUAAUUGCCUCAACUCAAUUCGAACUACCCUACACACAAUUGGAGGAAGUAUUGCACAGAGGGACACAUUCGUACAGCUGUUAAUCCAUUCUGCUAUAAAGUCCCCUAAUCCGGACCACAAGACCCUGGCGAGGACAAUACUUAAUGAGAGAAAGACAAAACGUGCAGACGAUCCUCUGGGUGAUCGUCUGAUGUCUCUUCUAGAAAACAAUGCUUCCGAUUAGUGUAUAAAGUAGCAUACCUGAUAUACGAAAAUGCUGGUACUAAGACAUAGACGGAUCUAUAAACAGAUAAUGACGCAUUUGCAUAUGGAGUAUGUAUCCCGACAGAUAGUUGCCUCUUAGUUAUGAAUAAAGUAAAUGAAUGUAUUCAACUAUACAUUCGCCACAUGUUGCAUUUUGUCCAUUUAUGACAAUAUAUCUGGAAAAAAUAUUGGCUUUGAAUAUGUAUAUAUACUACAUACAUGCACAUUAUAUCCCAAUGAAAGAAGUAAUGCUU